AACAGAAGAACAAACAGAAGCAAAAAAGAGAAGAGAGGAGAGGAGGAGAAACAGCACAUAGAGGAGCUGAGAGAAAAAAGAAACAGGAAAGCAUUUGCGAACAAGCCUUGGGAAACAGGUGACCAUGGCAUCCGUAGUACCUAUGGAGGCCCCCAUAUGUCUGGUAGAAAACCGAGAUCGAAAACUAACAGUAAACCCCAAAGCCCUUCAGAUUCUAACUUCCAUCGACAAGCCAAUGGUGGUGGUAGCUAUUGUUGGACUGUACCGUACUGGAAAGUCCUACCUGAUGAACAGGCUGGCAGGAAAGAACUCAGGUUUUGCCCUGGGUGCUACUGUGCAGUCUGAGACAAAGGGCAUCUGGAUGUGGUGUGUUCUUCACCCUCUCAAACAGGAUCAUAUCUUAGUUCUGCUUGAUACCGAGGGCCUUGGAGAUGUGGAAAAGGGUGACUCCAUGAAUGAUUCAUGGAUCUUCUCCCUGGCCAUCCUGCUCAGCAGCACUUUUGUGUACAACAGCAUGAACACCAUCAACCAUCAGGCCUUGGAACAGAUGCACUAUGUAACAGAGCUGACAGAACUAAUCAAGAUUAAAUCCUCACCUAAAGCUGCUAGAGAAGACUCAGCAGAGUUUGUGGGCUUCUUCCCAGACUUUGUGUGGGCAGUGCGGGAUUUCACCCUGGAGCUUAAGAUUGAUGGAUGUCCCAUAACCUCAGAUCAGUACCUGGAAAAUGCCUUGAAACUCAUCAAAGGCAAUCACCCCAAAGUUGAAAGGUCUAACCUUCCACGAGAGUGCAUCAGAAAAUUCUUUCCAAAACGGAAGUGUUUUAUAUUUGACUGUCCAAUAUAUGAUAAGAAACUCUUAACCUGUCUUCAAAAUGUCCAAGAAAGCCAGCUGGAGCCUGCAUUCAAGAGUCAGACAGACAACUUCUGCUCAUACAUCUUUUCCAAUGCAAAACCCAAGAUCCUCAGUGGUGGCAUCAUGGUUAAUGGGAACCGGUUGGGAAGGCUGCUGGAGACCUAUGUGAAGACAAUCUCUAGUGGUGACGUUCCCUGCCUGGAGAAUGCCGUGUUGUCUUUGGCUCAAAUUGAGAAUUCAGCGGCUGUGCAAAAAGCUGCACAGCAUUAUAUGGAGCAGAUGGCCCUGAAGGUGGACUUCCCCACAGAAACUCUCCAGGACCUGCUAAAAGUACAUACAGAGUGUGAGAAGGAAGCUCUCUCAAUUUUCAUGAAGCAUUCUUUCAAGGAUGAGAACCAGAAGUUUCAGAAGGAAUUGGUGCAAAUCUUAGAAACCAAGAAGGAUGAUUUCAUACAUAAAAAUGAAGAAAUAUCAACCAAAUAUUGUCAAACUCAGCUUGACCACCUCUCACAGUCCCUAAGAGAAGCUAUUUCUAAAGGCACCUUCUCUGUAUCAGGAGGUUACAAUCUCUACAAGAAAAAAAAGGACGAAAUAAUAAACAAUUAUCGUCAAGUGCCCAGGAAAGGGCUAAAGGCAGAUGAGGUCCUCCAAAGGUCUCUACAGUCAUUGGCAGUGACAGAAGAUUCCAUCCUGCAGACAGAUCAAGCUCUCACUGAACAAGAGAAGGCCUUGCAAGCUGAACAGUUCAAAAGAGAAGCAGCUGAAAAGGAAAAGUUGUUGUUGAAACAGAAACAAAUUGAAAUGCAGCAAAAUAUGGAAGCUCAGCAGAGAACUUUUGAAGAAAACAUCAUCCAAUUGAAAAGAAAGAUGGAAGAAGAAAGGUAUAAGAUCUUGGAAGAACAGAAUAGGAUCCUGGACUCUAAGCUAAAGGAACAAAAACGACUGUUGGAGGAAGGAUUUCAUGAGAAAGCUGAAGAGAUGAACACACAGAUGGAGAAUCUACAAAAACAGAUGAGGGAGGCUGAGGAUAAAAAGUCCUCCUGGUGGUCUUCAGCUUUAGAUAUUUUUAGCAUUGGACUGAUGGUUGUCUUACCUGGUGCAAGAGAACUCAUUGGAGUGGGGUUAAAUGCAUUGAACAGAUUUUUCAAAUGACCAAUGAAUUUCAGUUUCUCAAAAAAGUUAAAGAAAAUAUUUGUUCCACCUAAUGAAAUAUGGCACUGAUACCUUAUAAUAUGUGUUAAUGUAUGAAUGGGUGUAUGUUCCCUGCUUCUAAUUCAUGUAAAUAUUUAAAAAUAAAGCAGAUGCUCACUAUGUAAGAUAAAGGACAAGGGAGACAAUUCACACUAAAGCAUCCAUUUCCUCAGUAUAAAUGAGAUGAGAUAUCAUCCAACUAAAUGAAAGAUUUUUAUUCUUUAGGUAAAUGAUCUGAAAGGCAGGAAACUUCAGUUUCUCCCCUUCUAUUCAAUGGCUCAGAGGAUUUAGAGCUAGAGGAGCCUGGAAAAGCAUGAAAUCUAACUUCCUUAUUUUUACUUAUGGCUCCUUGGUGGUACAAUAAGUGGAGAGGACUGGAAGACCUGAGGUGAAAUCUAACAGCAGGCAAGGACUGUAUAUAAGCUGAAGGACCCUAAGAAAAAUAAACCUAUCUGUGCCUUAGUUUCCUCAUCCCCAAAAUGAGGGAAAUCAUAGCACCUAUGUCAUGAGGAUAAAAUGAGUGUAACACUUUGAAGACUCAAAGUGCUAUGUAAAUGCUAGCUCUUAAUAUGAAACUCCAGGGCACAGAGAUAAUAGUGAUUUGUCCAAAGUCAUACAGAAGAUGGAACUUGAAGUGAGGUUUCUUGUCUCCAAACCUGAUCUGGCAACCAUGGAAGCAGGUUCCAACUUCUCUUCAGAGAUGAUAAAACAUAAAUUUGUCCCUUAUGCUUCUUGAGAUUUUUAAAAGUGCAAGUAGAAUAGUUUUUUUUUUAAUUUUGAAACCCUCAUUUAUAUUUUGAAAUAGAAAUAUUUAUGUGGUAUCAUAUGUUAUAUGUUUUCAUUCUAUGGUUGAAGAUUUAAACUCAAAUGCCUUACUACCUGUAUGAUGUAGAACAAAGCACUUAACCAGCCUCACUUUCCUUCUCUGUAAAAUAACCAUGCUGAACGAAAUGGUCUCAAGUCUCUUCCAAUUCUAAAUCCUAUUGCUUUUUGGAAAUAUUAGAGGGUCUCAGAAUCUUCUCUCUACUGUUGUCCAGAAGAUAUUAACAUGUUCUAAUCUUAAAGACCUCAUUUCCAAAAUAUUUAGAGAAUUGAUUUUAUAAGAAAUCAAGCCAUUUUCCAAUUGAUAAAUGGUCAAAGGUUAUGAACAAUUUUCGGAUAAAGAAAUUGAAACUAUUUCUACUCAUAUGAAAAGGUGUUCCAAAUCAUUAUUGAUCAGAGAAAGGUAAAUUAAGACACCUUUCAGAUUGGCUAAGAUGACAGGAAAAGAUAAUGACGAAUGUUGGAAGGGAUGGGGGAAAACUGGGACACUGAUCAUUGUUGGUGGAGUUGUGAACAGAUCCAACCAUUUUGGAGAACAAUUUAGGACUAUACUCAAAAAGUUAUCAAACUGUGCACACCCUUUGAUCUAGCAAUGUUACUACUGAGUUUAUAUCCCAAAGAGAUACUAAAGAAGGGAAAGGGACCCAUAUGUGCAAAAAUCUUUGUGGCAGCCCUUUUUAUAUUGGCUAGAAACUGGAAAUUAAAUGGAUGCCCAUCAUUUGAAGAAUGGCUGAAUAAAUUGUGGUAUAGAAAUGUUGUGGAAUAUUAUUGUUCUAUAAGAAAUGGCCAGCAGGAUAAAUACAGAGAGGCUUGGAGAGACUUAUGUGAACUGAUGAUGAGUGAAGUGAGCAGAACCAGGAGAUAAUUAUACAUUUCAACAAUAAUACUAUAUGAGGAUCAAUUCUGAUGAAAGUGGCUCUCUUCAACAAAGGAUCCAAAUCAGUUCCAAACUGAUCUGUAAUGAACAGAACCAGCCGCACGCACCCUGGUGUGGCAAAUGAGUGUGGACCACAACAUAAAAUUUCCACUCUUUUUGUUAUUGUUUCCUUGCAUUUUGGUUUUUCUUCUCAGAUUAUUUUUGCCUUCUUUCUAAAUCUGAUUUUUCUUGUGCAGCAAGAUAACUAUAGAAAUAUGUAUACCUAUAUUGUGUUUAACAUAUACUUUAACAUAUCUAACAUGUAUGGGACUACCUGUCAUCUAAGGGAGGGAGUGGGGGGAAGCAAGGGAAAAGUUGGAACAGAAGGUUUUGCAAGGGUUAGCGUUGAAAAAUUAACGAUGUAUAUGUUUUGUCAAUGAAAAGCUAUAACAAAAAAAUUUUCUAAUCUUAUAAUUGUUUUAUUGGAUACAAUUGCUUAACAUUUGAUAACUUAAUAUAGGUUUUUAGAUGUGACCAAUAUACAAUGCCAAUGUUGAGAUACAUGAUUUUUAUUUAUUUGUGUGUGUAUGUGUAUGUGUGUGUAUAAAGUAAUUUGGAAGCAAAUUCAACUAAAUUAAAAUCACCAGCCUGUUCUCCCCAGGACUAGGAGGAUAGUGCAUAGUGGAAA